CCCGCAACUCCGUCUCCUACCGCCGUCUCAAUGCACCGAGAAGUCAAGCAACUCAAGGUCACCCACUAUGGCCCUGGAAAGUUGGGACUUGCGAGGACUGCAGCACCGCCGUCCGGACAGGCGAAGCUUAACAAAGCGAUUACGCGGCGACGACGCGGUAAACUACAAGACUUGCUCAAUAUGCCGCUCGACGUGGUCUUCGAGGGAAGUAGACGGUUCAACAUACGAUGCGGCAUCCUUUGACGCAUCUUCAAUAGAUAUUCUCUUUCCUCGAGCCUCUUGACCUUUUGCACUUAGCGCGAACCAACAAGGAACUUCGCUUAAUGCUUAUGAGUCGUCAAAACGCCGCGUACUGGAAAGCGGCUUGGCGCAACAUUGAAGGGCUACCAGAGUGUCCAGAGGGUGUGAGCCGCCCCGCCUUGGCCAAUCUCCUUUUCUGCUCAAUUUGUCACGUAUGCGGCAUGUUCAUAAUA